AUGUCCGCGCAGAGCCUGCUCCACAGUGUCUUCUCCUGCUCCUCGCCGGCCUCGGGUGGCGCGGCCUCGGCCAAGGGCUUCUCCAAGAGGAAGCUGCGCCAGACCCGCAGUUUGGACCCUGCCCUAAUCGGCGGCUGCGGGGGCGAGGCAGGCGUGGAGGGCAGCUCUCGAGGGGCCACCGGGGGCCGCCUCUGCUCCCCGCUGCCUCCGGCGGAGGGUCUCAGCCCCCGCUCGGCAUCCUCCCCUCGGGGCCCGCACCCCCGGGCCAACCGACUCCCGCCCCCUAGACCCCUCUGCUCAUCCUUCUCCACGCCUAGCACCCCGCAGGAGAAGUCGCCCUCUGGCAGCUUCCACUUUGACUAUGAGGUCCCCCUGGGUCGUGGCGGCCUCAAGAAGAGCAUGGCCUGGGACCUGCCUUCAGGCCUGGCUGGGCCUGGGGGGGGGGGCUCCUCCACUGUCUGUUUGUGUGGAGGGGGUCCUUCUGGCUUAUUUUGUAUGCCAAGAAGGUGGAUGAGAAGGAGAAAACACUCCACUCCUCCUGGGGACAGAGGUCAGCCGUGGGUGUGCUGGAAAUUAUCGGAGGGUGAUUUCACCUGGAACAGCAUGUCUGGCCGCAGCGUGCGGCUGAGAUCCGUCCCCAUCCAGAGUCUCUCAGAGCUGGAGCGAGCCCGGCUGCAGGAAGUGGCUUUUUAUCAGUUGCAGCAGGACUGUGACCUGAGCUGUCCCAUCACCAUUCCCAAAGAUGGACAGAAGAGAAAGAAAUCUUUGCGAAAGAAACUGGAUUCACUAGGAAAGGAGAAAAACAAAGACAGAGAAUUCAUCCCCCAGGCAUUUGGAAUGCCCUUAUCCCAAGUCAUUGCAAAUGACCGGGCCUAUAAACUCAAGCAGGACUCGCAGAGGGACGAGCAGAAGGAUGCGUCUGAUUUUGUGGCUUCCCUCCUCCCGUUUGGAAGUAAAAGACAAAACAAAGAACUCUCAAGCAGUAACUCAUCUCUCAGCUCCACCUCGGAAACGCCAAAUGAGUCAACGUCCCCGAACACCCCAGAACCGGCUCCUCGGGCCAGGAGGAGGGGCGCGAUGUCAGUGGAUUCUAUCACAGAUCUUGAUGACAAUCAGUCUCGACUGCUAGAAGCAUUACAACUCUCCUUGCCUGCUGAGGCUCAGAGUAAAAAAGAAAAAGCCAGAGAUAAGAAACUCAGUCUGAAUCCCAUUUACAGACAGGUCCCCAGGCUGGUGGACAGCUGCUGUCAGCAUCUAGAAAAACAUGGCCUCCAGACGGUGGGGAUAUUCCGAGUUGGAAGCUCAAAAAAGAGAGUGAGACAAUUACGUGAGGAAUUUGACCGUGGGGUCGAUGUCUCUCUGGAGGAAGAGCACAGCGUUCACGAUGUUGCUGCCUUGCUGAAGGAGUUCCUCAGGGACAUGCCGGACCCCCUUCUCACCAGGGAGCUGUACACAGCCUUCAUCAAUACUCUCUUGCUAGAACCAGAGGAACAACUGGGCACCUUGCAGCUCCUCAUCUACCUUCUACCUCCCUGUAACUGCGACACCCUCCACCGCCUCCUGCAGUUCCUCUCCAUGGUGGCCAGGCAUGCCAAUGACAACGUCAGCAAGGAUGGGCAAGAGGUCACUGGGAACAAAAUGACCUCUCUAAACUUGGCCACCAUAUUUGGACCCAACCUGCUGCACAAGCAGAAAUCGUCAGACAAAGAAUUCUCCGUCCAGAGCUCAGCCCGGGCCGAGGAAAGCACGGCCAUCAUUGCUGUGGUGCAGAAAAUGAUUGAAAAUUAUGAAGCCCUGUUCAUGGUUCCGCCCGAUCUCCAGAACGAAGUACUGAUCAGCCUGUUGGAGACCGAUCCCGAUGUGGUGGACUAUUUACUCAGAAGAAAGGCCUCCCAGUCCUCAAGCCCUGACAUGUUGCGAUCGGAAGUUUCCUUUUCUGUGGGAGGAAGGCACUCGUCCACCGACUCCAACAAGGCCUCCAGCGGAGACCUCUCCCCUUAUGACAACAACUCCCCAGUGCUGUCUGAGCGCUCCUUGCUGGCUAUGCAAGAGGACGCGGCCCCGGGGGGCUCGGAGAAGCUUUACAAAGGGCCGGAGCAGUAUGUGCUGGUGAGCCACUUGCCAUCGUCGAAAUCAAGGGAGAGUUCUCCUGGACCAAGGCUUGGCAAAGAUAUGUCAGAGGAGCCUUUCAAUAUCUGGGGAACUUGGCAUUCAACAUUAAAAAGUGGUUCCAAAGACCCAGGAAUGACAGGUUCCUAUGGAGACGUUUUUGAGAGCAGCUCCCUCCGACCGGGGCCAUGCUCCCUUUCUCAAGGGAACCUGUCCCCAAAUUGGCCCCGAUGGCAGGGGAGCCCCACAGAACUGGAAGGUGGCCCGCAGGUCAUUCGGAGGACUCAGACCACGGCCACCAUCGUGGAGUGCAGGGCCUGCCCUCCCGUGUCGCGCGUCUGCAGCACGCCCCACAUCCAGGGCGGCGGCAGAAGGUGUGAGCAGGCCACACCGAAGUCAGAGCAGUAUUUGACUCUGAGCAGCGCCGAAGACCUCACUGAGAGUGACCUCGAUGUGGUCUGGCUGCAGAGCAGAGCCAAGCCUUUGCACCAGAGACCUCGAGAGAGUGAGAAGCGUGACAAGAGGCCUCCGCCUCCGUAUCCUGGUCCCGGGAAGCAAGCUGUAGCGUCAUCCCACCAGCCAGCAGAGCCGCUCUUGUGGAGGCCUCAGAGGCCAGAAGAAGGUUCCAGAACAGCGUUGGAAGAGGGAAGCCAAACAGCCGAGCGAGAGCAGCAAGCCGCUGAGCAAAAACUGAGCAGCGCCUACUCCACUUCCGCCAGCGAUCAGAACAGUAAGACUUUGGGUGACCCCAACUGGCUGGAUUGGCAGAGAGAGCGGUGGCAGAUCUGGGAGCUCUUAUCGACCGACAACCCCGAUGCCCUCCCGGAAACGCUGGUAUGA